GUGAGUCUCUUGUCGUCGUCUGGCUUGUUCGGACCAUUGCACAUUCUUCGCGAGUUCCUGUCAUCCCUGGGACAUCCGGAGACAACCAUUCGGAGCACAGGCACGGAACUGCGAUUUCGACAUUUGAUCGCUUUUUUUCUUGGGCGUCCUGUGCUGCAACCAAACAGUAUCGCCCGAUCAGAGAUUCUGAUAGCCAACUGUGAUGUCCGUCGGGGAAGGCUUGUGCAUCGAUGGAGUCGUCAUAAAUGUCUGCUCUAUAACGGAAGUCUUCGGAUACAAAAAGGGACGGGGGAGGACGACGUGAUGAGCUUGUCGCGAUGUCGUGUCGAUGUGUGGGAAUCUAGACGCGGUCGCUGCCUUCGUGUUCAGCACUCCGCUUCUGUAAUCCUACUGCAUUUCGACGAACCAGAAGUUUGCGCUUUGGUCAACGGCAUGUCGACAGAGUGGGCAACGGAAUGUAUGCGACCUGAGCGAUCGGAAGCUUACACUUCUUCCGGAAUCGCUGUUGUGUUCGGAAUCGUACCAGAAGAAAUCCUAACACGUCUACCUCACUUGGCAGAAUGGGCUCUGGCCGGAAACUACAUCGAGAAUAUGGAUAUCGAUGAACCCGUGCAUAUCAUGAAGGUCACUUUGGCUAUUUUGAUCCUUGUUACAAAGAAAAAUGGCAUGAAGUGA